AUGGAUUCCGGACCAUUUCUUGACAUAAUUCCGACGUUAUUAAAUUAUUUAGACUUGAAAAGUAUGGUUUGCUUAGCACAAACUUGUCACUUUUGGAAAGAACGUAUUUAUAAUGAUUUAAAACUAUGGCCAAAAGUGGUUGAAUUACCUUAUAUGGGUCGCAUAGACUGUUGUUAUAUUGGGCGUGAGGAUCCUGAAACUGUAAUCAAGAUAAAAUUAUGGUCAAUGGUUUUACCACCGAAGGAUCCCGAAGCUUUGCAAAAUGUAUUGAGCAAUAUGGUAUUAUCCGAGGAGAGUGUACGGAGAUUUCAGUUUGCUAAAAAGGUUUUAUUCAAAAACUUUAUUCAUACUGACGAGUCGCUGCGCCUGACUGCUUUUCUAUUUCCAUUAAUUGAAGAAAUUAGCUUUGAAGGUAAUCUUCUAACGAUUGUCGGUGUUCGACACAUAGCCACAUCAUGUAGAAAACUCAAACAUAUUGAAUUCUAUAAUUGUGGCAACCUUGAAAUAUCGAAUGUUCUUCGCCUAUUUAAUACCGAAAAACACAAACAACAUUUAGAACGAAUUUUUGUUCGUAACAACGAUUCAUCAUGGGAAAAUUCCAAACUAGCAAAUGAUACUGAUGCAUCGUUUAUGGUACUAUGCCAACGAUGUCGGUUAUAUUUUAAUGAGCUGAAAAAUGAAAAAGAAAUGUUGUGUCUAUAUCAUCCGGGGACAUAUGCCGGAUAUGGUCACAGCUGUUCAUCGUUCAGCUGUUGUGGUAGUAAUACACCAUCAUAUGCGUCAACAUUAGGCUGUCAAUACACUUAUCAUGAUAAGCAUGGCAAUUCUCAGUCGCCAUAUUCGAGAAGAGUGCAUGAGUUGCAUAAUGGACAUCCGGAAUAUAUGUUUCAAAAAUAUAGACAUGAUUUGUUUCCAUUUCGUUUUACUGAACGACGUCGAGUGAAUGAAUAUUUUCCAAAACUGGAAGGUGAAUUAAAAGACGCCUAG